CCUGGCAUAAAAGAAUCAGCCUCAGUGGUCAGCUCGCAGUCUGUAACGCAAAAAAUAUUUGGCAGUCAUGGGAACAAAAGUGACGCCGCUAUGUCUCUGCAUACUGACAGCAUUGCUUGCCAGCACUGUUGUACUACAAAAUGUACAGGAAAAUUGUACCACAGACAUGUUUCACCAGGACAGAGUUGCAGCCGAGUCCUGUGACCGUUAUCUCUUGUCCAAAUGGAGUGCAGAGGAUAGAGCUCAAAUUCUGCACUCCAUGGCAAUGCUGACUACAAUGCUCAAGCAGUCCAGUCAUCCAGUUGACGGUUGUCAUUUGUCUAACGGGUCUCCAUCAGUAAAGGUGCACAGCAAUGGAGGAGUAGUAUGUGUUGACAUCGAGGAGAAAGUCUACUGCAAGCCGAUGUGUAACCAUGGUUAUGAUUUCAGUUUCCUCCGGAGGGGACGGCCGUAUGAAGUGUGCUCCGCGGGGAGCUGGACGACCCAGUUCAUCGGAGGAAACAUACUUGCCGUUUGCCAUCUGUCAACUUCUCAGAUUUCUGCCAAACCGUCAUCAUAUUUUAAGGGCCAGAAAAAUUGCCUGAAAACAAAAGACUUGGGUCCGGAAGAAGUCAUCCAGGAGUUUAUCACCGAGCUGAGAGCACAACAGAUAACUGGAGCUGUCACGAAUAGUACCCUCAAGUGUAACUAACAUAAAUCAGGGACUGAUUUAGAUGUUGCGGAAAGAUUUCAGUUAAUAAUUAAGAUGGAAUGGGUGGCUCACCAUUACUCUGAGCGAGUAAAAUUAAGGCCUAGUCGUGAUCGCAGCGACCUGUGUUUGAUUCCUGACCGUGGUCCUUUGCUCCAUGUCCUCCCCUCUCUCUCCCAUACCUUCCGGUCUAUCUCACUCUAUAAUAAAGUAUAAAUGCAAAAAUGAAUCUUUAAUAAAAAAAACAUUCAUUAAGAUGGAUGUAUAUGUUUGUGUCAACAUGUCUAAAGUCGGGCUACAAGUUCUAAAGACUAAGUUUGUGCAUGUGUGUGUAUGAGAUAUAUAAUCGAAGAUUUAAUGGAUGCCUCUGUAAUAAUGCAAAAGGCCAAGGGGUUGUACAGUAUUUGCAUUAUGUUGUGAUUGCAUAUGGGUGACUUAGCUUAAUGCUAGUUGUUUAUUACAACCAAUCCCAUAGUUGGGUCGCGGCCACAUCAAAUGGGAUUGCAGAACCUCAAUAGCUAUCGACUUCUCGAUCCAUUUAUUAACAUUCAGUCAUUUUUACCAGAAGUAGGCCUACCAAAGAAUUGCCCUUUGGAACUGAAGGCACUCUAAUAAUCAAUUAUGUAAAUUACUUCUCCCAGUGAUCACUUAUGCUGCUUAGUGUUAAAGGUAAAAAAGGUGGAUUGCAACAUCAGAGAGAUACCAGGAGGUGGCGUUAGAACACUGUCAAUGACCUGUAACCAGCCGUGAACAGUAACAAAGUAUUUGCCAGAGCUAGAUGAGAUUAUUAAACAAUUGAAUAUUCUUGGCGAGUUAUUAUUCUAUUAGGAGUAUCAGU